AUGCUGCCUCGGUGCUGGGCUGUGCUGGGCGGCCGCGCUGUCCCAGCGGCUGCCAGCGCCGUGCUGGGUAGCCGGUGCCAGUGGAGGCCGGCUCACCUCCGCCUCCUCCUCAACCCCGUGGCUCAGGCGCAGGGCCGGCAGCCGGCUUUCUCCACCACCUGUGUGAAGUGCUCGAAAAACAGGCGGCUGAGGCAAAAAAGAAUUAUUUCGGAAAGGAAACUGACACGCUAUUUCGUGGAUCACCGGAGGGUGCGUGUGGUUGGAGGACAAGGAGGAGGAGGGGGACAUUCUUUUCAUAGUGAGCCCAGAAAGAUAUUUGGAGGUCCCGAUGGUGGAAAUGGAGGAGAUGGUGGUCAUGUCAUUUUGAAAGCUGACCGCCAAACGAAAUCACUUUCUUCAGUCCUCCCCUUCUAUCAGGGUGUUCACGGAGAGAGAGGAGGAAGCAAAAACUGUUACGGAGCCAAUGGUGCAUGCGUGUAUGUUAAAGUCCCUGUAGGCACAUUGGUUAAAGAGGAUGGGAAAGUUGUGGCUGACCUCACACAGGAUGGUGAAGAGUAUGUUGCAGCUUAUGGAGGAGCUGGAGGGAAAGGGAAUCACUUCUUUCUUUCCAAUGAAAACCGAGCUCCAACAUUAUUUACUCCAGGAGAACCAGGUCAAGACAGGGUUCUCCACCUGGAAUUGAAGACAACAGCUCAUGCAGGAUUGGUGGGCUUUCCCAAUGCUGGCAAAUCAUCGCUUCUGAGAGCCAUCUCCCGUGCAAGGCCAGCUGUGGCUGCCUACCCUUUCACAACCCUGAAUCCCCACGUCGGCAUUGUCCACUAUCAAGACUAUGAACAAGUGGCAGUUGCUGACAUUCCUGGCCUAAUAAAAGGUGCUCAUCAAAACAGGGGCCUUGGGAUGGCCUUCCUUAGGCAUAUUGAACGCUGCCACUUUCUCUUAUAUGUGGUGGAUCUCUCAGUGUCUCACCCAUGGACUCAGCUGCAGGACUUAAAAUACGAACUGGAGCAAUAUAAGAAAGGAUUGUCUGAGAGGCCUUGUGUUAUCAUUGGGAAUAAGAUUGACCUUGCAGAGUCCAGGAUCAAUCUGCCACUCCUUAAAGAGCGAGUAGAAGACCGGGUAAUUGCCUUGUCUGCGUUGAGGGGAGACAACCUGGAGGAACUGUUCUUGCACUUGAGAGAACUGUAUGAUGCUUAUGUGAAGACGGAACAAUCACGAGGGCAGAACCCAGUCAAGUGGUAGAAACCACAACCACUCUGAUCUGUA